AAGAUGCAAAGCAGGUUCAGGCCCAGUCUGCUUGCAAAUGGUAGCGGGCGCACCAAUCCUGUCAGCGCAUGACAGUCUCAGCAUGGUUGACUACGCUGGUUACUUGGGCCGGUUUGCAUGCUGAGUGCAUGGAGCAGGAUUGGGUGCCCAAACAGGUGGCUAUCGCGGCAGGAGUUGCUGGAGAUAGCCAUGUAAGUAUCACAUGGAUCACGGAUGACCCUCGCGACGACAAUGACUCCUGCAAUACAGUGGCCGUGGCUCAAAUCUCGGGGCCACUUGGUCUCGCCAAAGUGCCGACGCUGCAGGUGGUUGGGACUUGCCUGAGGUAUUCCCUCAAUUCUGCGCCCGACUUAUUCGGCAACUACACCUCGGGCCGAAUCCACCGUGUUCUCGUGCAGGGUCUGGUUGCCGGCAGCCUCUACCAAUACAAGCUGCAGGGGGAUCCCGCUGACGGUCCAGACCGGCGCUUCAGAACUCUGCCUGCCUCGGAGGAGCGCGAUCCCUCGCAACAGGAUCCACGGUUCCCCUUCACCAUGGGAGUCCUCGGCGACCUGGGGCAGACGUUGCACUCGGAGGAGACGGUGAAGCACUUGGACGCGGACCAAGAGCUGCAGAUCAUUUUGCACGCGGGGGACAUGUCCUAUUCGGAUACCAACUCCCCCAGGUGGGACUCGUAUGGCAUGAAGAUGGAGCCAUUGGCCUCGCGCUUGCAGUGGAUGGUUUGUCCGGGGAAUCAUGAAAUCGAGAGCGACUUCUACACGGGCCAGAACUUUGUGGCUUAUGAGGCGAGAUUUGCCAUGCCUGCCGUCCAGGAAGCGGAGUUUUCCCCAUCCCCGGGGCAGGUGGGGUGCAAACAUCCCUUCCCAAAUGAGCCUCACACAGGAGCCGACUGCACGCCAUCAGAGUUUACGUGCCAUUACGACUGGGGCAACUCUUUUUAUGCCUUUGACUCUGGCCCUGCCAGAGUCAUUUCGCUGAACAGCUAUGCUCAUACGGACCAAUCCUCAGCUCAGUACAACUGGCUGAAAGAGGAGCUGGCCGCUUUAGAGCGGCGCAGGGCCAACACGCCCUGGCUCAUCAUCAUGAUGCACUGCCCCUUCUACACCUCGAAUGUAGCGCAUCACAAGGAAGGCCAGGCUGUCCUGAUGAGGGACCUGCACGGAUUUGAGGAGCUCUUUUUCCAGCACAAGGCCGCGAUCGUGAUCUCCGGCCACGUGCAUGCUUACGAGCGCAGCCAUCCGGUGUACAGAAACCAAACCAAGGCAAAUGCGCCUACCUACAUUGUGGUGGGCGAUGGUGGCAAUCGAGAAGGCCUUGCCAGCAGCUACUUGCAGGCGCCAGACUGGUCGGCGUUUCGAGAUGGUAAGUCAUUUGGGCAUGGUCGCAUCGUCAUUGCCAACAAGACCCACAUGCGCUGGGAAUGGCAUCGAAACAGCCAGAGUGACAGCCGGCGGGUUAUGGAGUUGGCCAAAGAUGCUGGUUCCGCCAGUGUGGGCUCGUUGCCCACUGGAACAUUUGUCGAUGAUUCUGUUUGGAUUAUCAACCCUUACAAACAACAUCACGACGAUCCGUCACAUCGGCUUGCCAAUGCCAGUCUGCUGACUCUGGGCAUUGUCGCAGGUUCCGCUGCUGCACUCGUAGCCGGUGUCCUGCUGGUACAGAGGUGUCGUAAGCGAUCCACGCGCUCCGUCUGCAGUGGUUCAGAGCUGGCCAGUGCUUGAAGUGAUGUGAACCUACAGCCUGGCCUGGACCAAAAGGUGCCACGCCUUGCCACUGUAGAUAUUGGUGGGCCCCUGCUCCCCGCCAACUAUCCGUCUAUCCGUCCUCCUGU